UUUAAUUCCUGAAAUAGAUACGCACUUUCAUAAGAUCGGGCUCGUCAUUCAGAAAUGUUACUCAGUCUACGAUCUGAUGAAGUGCACUGGUAACCUGGCUCUGCAGAACCAAAUCCCAUAUUAUAACCUAACAUAUAAGGAGGGGGGCUAGCUACCAUGUUAUCAUCAUCUUCUCAGGGUAACGUGUGUGUUGAGGGUGUUAUGUAAAUUGGUAACGUGAACCAGCUCAUAAUAUUUGUAUUGAAUACAUCACAUUAUAGCAUGAUAUGUUUGCUUUCACCAGAUGAUACAAGCACAGAGUCACUCCCAUCUGCAUCUUCUGUGUCUUCUGCACCUUCUGCACCAUCUACAUCUGGAGAAAGCUCAUCAGCUGCAGGCAUUACAGAGACCACUGGAAGAAGCACAACAGCCAGCAAGUCCUCUGGAACUACAUCUGCCAAGAGCAGGAAAAGGAAGACCAAGAUGGAAGCAACACUGGAAAUCUUCACUGAAAAGAUCAGCAGUGCCCUCAACAACACAGACGACACUGAGCUUCAAUUGAAAAUGCAAGCAGCACAGCAUGAGCAUGAGCUCAAAAUGCUCUCAAUGUUCACACAGUUUCUUGCCAGAUCAAAUUCCCCAUGUCCACCUUUCUACCAGGCACCAGUCCAGCCCUCACAGUACAACCCAAGACAACUGCCGCCUCAGCCUACCUUUUACAACUUUACUCAGCCCCCGAAAUUUAGCAUGGGUUCACCUCAGCCUCCACCAUGUAACGAGACAACCAACCAGCCUCUAUCUUUUCUGCAAGAUCUGGCUCAACCUUUCAACCAUCCCCCUGCACAUCCUCCAGAUAUACCUCACUCCUUCAGCCAGGUGUCAGCACACCCUCAAGGUCCAGCUCAGCAGCCCUUCAACCAGGCCUCAGGGCAUCCACCAUUCUACCGACCUCCAGAUGACCAGGAAAAGUAAAUCAAAUCACAAUAUAGUGAAUUGCUUUCAGUAUUGUUGGUCAAUCUAUGCAAAGUCUAUCCAUCAAAAAAUUUGAUUUAAAUGUGCUUUAGAAAUAAAGUUUGUAUCAUUAUACAGGUUAAUUACAGUUCAGAAUAUAUUUGACAGUUUGAUUUCAGGUUACAGUUAGAACGUUAUGUAGUGUUAUUAAACCGACAGAAACUUGCACUAUAGCAUAAUCAUUUUAUUUUGAACAUGAACAUUUUCAGAGUAAUUAUUCAAAGUACAACAUUGUAGUUAGCAGGUUUUCUUAUUUUUUAGCUGAGAAAAAUUCUUGUGUGGAAAAUAUUUUUGACGAUUUUUAUAGGGAUUAUUUGUUUACAUACACCUGCACAACUAAUUUUACAGGGAUGCAUUUCAUUUUUAUUUAUUUUUUCAGAACAAAACUGACCAUGUCAUCAUUAGUAUUGAAAAAAAAAAUUGUUACUCCACACUUUCAGAAUGUUAUGUUUAAACAUUGUCAAUUAAAGUUUCUUUUGUGAAUCAGC